AUGUAUAUAUACACAUAUAUCCCUUCGAUAAACACUCGCCCGUUCAUGUACCAAAUUUAUCCAGAUGUAGUCAAGACAAUCAGUUAUUAUAGUGCAAUCAUGAAUAUAAGACGCAUAACGGAAUCGUAUUGUUCUCACUCUCGCGAAACAUCACAACGUUGCUUAAAUCAUUCCGCUUGUGAUUACGCACUCAGCGAUCCAGUUUUAAUAGUUAUUACUUUAACAGCGGUAGUUGGUUCAUUUUGUUUACUAAGCGGAUUAAUUAUUUUGUGUGCAGUUUCCAAAACACUGCACGAUCAAACAUCGGAGGCAAUUCUUCUAUUGGGUAUCGGUUUUUUCAUCUACGCGAUUGCUUUUGUUACUUGGAAAAUAACAAAUGCCAGAAGAAUCGCUCAUAUAAUCGAAGCGCUUAAUAAAGAAACCACAUCAGCCCUUGUGUAAAAACGUGUGAUCGAGACAGAUUUGCUUCAAAAGCAUAAGCCUAGACGAAAUAGUGAAUGUUUAUAAACGAAAUUGCAGUACAAUAAUAUUUAUUUUUAUAGAAUUUAAUAAAAGUGACACGUAUUUGUAUGUAUGUUCAUUAAAUAUUACUGCUGAAGUUCUACUAGAACGAGUUUGAAUUGCCAUGUUAUUUCGCAUGUUUAGAUCUAAUGUCAAAACUAUACAAAGUAAUUUGAUCAGUUGUUGAUUUUGUCGGAACUAUUGCUUUCGCCAUUAAUCAAAUUUCCAAUGCACAAAAUUAAUAAAAAGGAGUAAAUAAAAUCAGGAGUUUUAAAAUGUGUAAUUGAGAAUUCAUUCCAGCACUCUCUUCGAUGGAUAUGUGAUCCAUAAAGCAAUUCAACUUCAGAUCAUCCAAAUUCUCUUUUGGUAUUACGAACUACAUCUAAUUUCACUCAAAGUUUCUUAAUAAAUGAAAACAACUGAACAUUUUUAAACGAAAAAUCAAAACAACUCAAUUCCGUUAUUGCCUACGAAAGGGUGAAUAAUUAUUAAAAUUGACAAAACCACUUAUACACGAUGAUUGUUUCUGAUUCAUGAGUCAGUUUCGUUAAAGUAAGAAAGGAUAUUAUUCCUUGAUGAAUGAGAAAUGAAGGAAAUUCCCAAAACGUACCUCGUCCUUUGACAAUAAAUUAAUCUGAAUUUGAGUUGAUAUCGAAAAUACCAAACUGAGUUAUAAACCGUAAUAAAAGCUUUAAAGAGUUUUCUUUUCUCACAAAAAUAUUACAUUUAUUCUUUCCUAUG